AUGGAUCCUAAAAUGUCCUCGAACACCAAGGAGGGGGUCAGGGACAUGGGCGCCGGCCGACUUACUCACGACCAUCUUCACUCUCAUCAAAUGCAGCUGUCUCUCUCUCUACUCGCUCCUCCCCUCGGAGCGACGGUCUCCGCUAAUGGUGGAACGCCCGGACGACGGUUCUACAACAUUCGGUUUCAAACAGAUCAGAUUCAGUACCUCACUGGCGUUGAUCCUCUCUUCUCUAACGCAUCCUCAAACGUCAAUGUCCGCGGCGGCAAUACCAAAUUCGAGUUGUUAUGCACUGACUUCGACGGAUUAGAGUGUGGCAGUCCUUAUACCACUAUUCGUGGUAGCGGUUUUGCUCUGGCAAUUGCCCAGUCGACGACUAGCAUGAGUGGGAAAUACAUCAAUCCGGGCACGCAUACGAAGAGCGUCGAGAUGAUGCCUAGCCGUUUGAGCAAGGUGCAGGUCAGAAUGGUCAAGCGGUAA